AUGCCGGGGUCAGCCCUCCCUGAUGCUGGCACUGCUCCCAACCUGCCCGACUCUGCGGGCUGGGCCCAGCCACGGGCACUGGGCCUGGGCAUUGACACUGGGCCUGGGCAACAGCACCAGCUGGUGUAUCCUUAUGACUUUAGACUGACAGAGAAAGAGAAAACGAGUAUCUGCUACUUGUCCUUCCCGGACUCCUACUCAGGUGGCCUUGGGGACACUCAGUUCAGCUUCCGCCUGCGUCAGUCGGGGGGCCAGAGGACCACUCAUUACGAGGACGAUGGCGAGUACAACAGAGAAGCUCCCCUGACGCUGCAGCGGGAGUCAGCUCAUUACUUCGGUUACGUGUACUUCAGGCAAGUCAAGGACAGCUCGAUGAAGAGAGGUUAUUUUCAGAAGUCUCUGGUGCUGGUGUCCCGCCUUCCAUACGUGAACCUGUUCCAGUCUCUGCUGCAGCUGAUCGCUCCCGAAUACUUCGACAAGCUGGAGCCGUGCCUGGAGGCGGUGUGCAACGAGAUCGAUCAGUGGCCGCCUCCCGUGCCGGGACAGACUCUGAACCUGCCAGUGAUGGGAGUUGUCAUUCAGGUGAGAAUCCCCUCAAGGGUGGAUAAACCAGGAUCAAGCCCGGUGAAGCAGUUCAAUCAAGAGAAUCUGUUACCAGCCCCAAUGGUUCUCCCCAGCAUUCAUGAACUGGAUCUUUUCAGAUGUUUCCAGCCCGUGCUCAUUCACGUCCAGAUGUUAUGGGAGCUGAUGUUACUGGGAGAGCCGAUCGUUGUCAUGGCACCAUCCCCUACAGUUUCUUCAGAAAUGGUUCUGGCACUUACCAGCUGCCUUGCUCCCCUGCGGUACUGCUGCGACUACCGCCCCUACUUUACCAUCCACGACAGUGAAUUUAAGGAGUACACCACCAGGACACAAGCUCCGCCAAACAUCGUUGUGGGAGUCACAAACCCUUUCUUUAUCAAAACCCUCCAGCACUGGCCACACAUUCUUCGGGUUGGGGAGCUCAGGAUGUCAGGAGACCUGCCCAAGCAAGUCAAGGUGAAGAAGCUGGCUAAGCUGAAAACCCUGGACACAAAACCAGGAAUCUAUACUUCUUAUAAAACAUUUCUUCACAAAGACAAAACGCUGAUAAAAAGACUACUAAAGGGCAUCCAGCGGAAACGCCCCUCCGAGGUCCAGAGUGCUCUUCUGAGGCGUCACCUCCUGGAGCUCACCCAGAGCUUCAUUAUCCCCCUGGAACAUUAUAUUGCGAGUCUGAUGCCUCUGCAGAGAGCCAUUACUCCAUGGAAGAAUCCUCCGCAGAUCCGUCCUUUCCGCCAGGAAGAUUUCAUGAAGACCCUGGAACACGCUGGUCCCCAGCUCACCUGUGUGCUCAAGGGCGACUGGUUGGGCCUCUACAGGCGUUUCUUCAAGUCUCCCAACUUUGAUGGCUGGUACCGUCAGAGGCACAAGGAAAUGACCCAGAAGCUGGAGGCCCUUCAUUUGGAGGCCAUCUGUGAAGCGAACAUCGUGGCCUGGAUGAAGGACAAGUCCGAGGUGGAGAUCGUAGACCUGGUCCUAAAGCUUCGGGAGAAGUUGGUCCGAGCCAGGUGCCAGCACCUCCCCGUGAAGGAGGAGACUCUGCAGCGCGUGGGCCUCUACAUCGAGACCAUCAUCGGCUCCUUGCCAGAGGAUCUCCAGGCCGUGCUGCACCACCACUGAGCGCGGUGACGGGACUCUCUGGGAGAAGGAAGGGUCCUCCCACCCUGCUCCCAGCCACCAGAAAGGAAAGUUCUUCCCUGAUUCAGCCACCGUGACCUGAUCUGGACCUUGCUCACCGCCGUGGAGGAUUUUGAGUGUGCGGGUUGGAGCUGUAGCAGGAAUGAGGAACCCUGUGUGCUUUUCUCCAUCUGGUCCUGCUUCGAGGAGCUGGAUUCAGGGGCUGGAAAUGAGAAACUCUUCCCUGUGUGGCUGUUGGUGGGUCAGAAGGUGCCGGCCAGGCUCCCAGCAGCAUGCGAGAGGGCGUAUGAAACACACCUGGCCCACACCUGCACAUCCAUCCUUGGCUACUGCUUGGGCUCUCAAAACUCCAACGCCAUCAUUCCGCCUGGAAGAAGCAGGAGCUGCCCUGGAGGGGGGAGAUGUUUUCAGGGUGGUAACGAGAGAGACGCUCGUCCCCCACGUACAAAUGAUGUGAAAAUAUUGUGGCUGCCCCUUCUCCUGCCGGCCAGAGCUUGGGCUGUGGUGGGAGUGGGAGGAUGAACUGCUGGACCUGGAACGCUGAUUUCUUUUCUCCAAGGCAGAGACAAGAGAAGAAGAAGAAGGGGCUGGUGCAUCUGCAGGAUCAGAGCUCUCCAGAGAUGGUGGCUGCGCGAGUGACAGCAGCUACAGGAGCUCCACGGAGAGGAGCUGGCCUCCAAAUGUCAUUUAUUCUGCUUGAAAAAAAAACAAGUUUGUGCGCUCUAAGAACGUACAAGAGAGCUGGAGCUCUGCCUUGGGCAGGGAGGUGUCUCCUGGGGUUGGACAACGGGCUGAAAAAACACCUUGGAAGAGUCUGAUUUUUACAGCUUUGCUGGGUGGGAGCUGCUGGAGCAGCCUCUGCCCGGGGGCGGUGGGGAGAGCCCCCUCCAGCUCCCCCCUGGGCUGGAAGCAGGAAAGCCUUGGGGCUCCUGGUUGUGGGGGCAGAUGUU